AUGAUCGGCAUGGGCUUCACCAAGAAGUGGGACCAGCUGGCCGCCCUCCGUGUGGUUCUUGGUCUGUUUGAAGCGGGAUUUUUCCCAAGCUGCGUCUAUCUCCUCAGCACUUGGUAUACUAGAUACGAGAUGGGCAAGCGUUAUGGAUUAUUCUACGCCUUUGGAGCAGUUGCUGGCGCCCUGGCUGGCCUCAUGGCAUACGGGCUCGUUCAUCUUGAUGGGGUCAGAGGCAUGGGAGGCUGGCGGUGGCUCUUCAUCAUCGAGGGCAUCCUCACGUGUGUAAUUGCCAUGGCCGGAUACAUCCUUCUCGUCGACUUUCCGGACUCGGAGAGGAACAAUUGGAAGUUUCUCUCGGCCCAUGAGCGCGCAUGGGUGGUGGCGCGAGUCAACGCCGACCGCGGGGAUGCCAACGCGGCCAAGUUCUCGCUCAAGCUGUUUGCCCAGCCAGUGUUGGACUUCAAGCUCUGGGUGUUUGGACUGCUCUUCUUCUGUACCUCCACCCAGGGGUAUGCCCUCUCCUUCUUCACUCCGAUCAUCCUGACGGCGGGGAUGGGCUUCGACGCCACAGCGACACAGCUGCUGCAGAUUACCCCGAUGCUCUGGGCCGCCUGCUGCAUGUUUUUUAUCGGCUGGGUGGGCGAUAAAUGGAGGAUACGGGGCCCGCUCAUUCUCUUCAACAUGUCUGUAGCGAUACUUGGGUUGGCCCUCAUUGGAUUCCACAACGUCGUUGGCGUGCGCUUCCUCGGGCUCUUCCUGGCGGGAGGUGGCAUCAACAGCAACAUUCCGCUGCUGAUGGCGUAUCAGGCCAACAACAUCCGUGGCCAGUGGAAGCGUGCCUGCGCCAGUGCAAUUUUUGUUGGCUUCGGAGGUGUUGGGGGCAUAGCUGGGAGUUUGGUCUUCCGUCCAUCCGAUGCCCCGCUGUUUCGACCGGGUCUCUGGGCAUGCAUUGCAUGCUGCCUCGCAAGCAUUGUCAUGGUUGUCCUGCUCAGUGCUUAUUCCUGGUACAUGAACCGCCGUGCCGAUCGCGGCGAGAUUGUACUCGAAGACGAAGAGGAUUCAGAGGUUGCUGACGAAGCGAGAUUAACCUUUCGAUAUACGUAUUAA